AUGUCGACAAACAAAAACCACAACAACAACACCAAUAAUAAUGAUAAUAAUAUUUGUAUAAAUCCACAUAUAGUAGAGUUUUUAAAUAAACAAAUAACCAAUAUAAAAAAUCGACCAGGAGCAGACAUCAAAACCACAUCAAUAUAUAAAAAAGCAAUUCGUUCAUUAAAUCUUUAUCCUCUUCCUGUUUUCAGUGGUAAAGAAUGUGAGGUAUUAAAUGGAUUUGGACCAUCAUUAACUAAAAAAAUUAAUGAUUAUUUAAAAACAACAUCACAUCCAUUAUAUCCAAAAGGACCACCAACACCAUUAAAAUCAAUUUAUAAUAGAAAUAAUAAUAAUAAUGAUAAUAAUAAUAAUAAUAAUAAUAAUAAUAAUAAUAAUAAUAAUAAUAAUAAUAAUAAUAAUAAUAAUAAUAAUAAUAAUUCACCUAAAAAGAAAAUAAGGAAAUCUAAAAAUAAUAAUACUACUUCUACUAUUAGUAAUACACAAUCAAAUUUAAUAGGAACAGAAUCACCAUCAAAAAAUCAAAAUAAACAAUUGGAAAGAGAGUUAAAAUCAAAAAAGAAAAAACAACAAUCUGCAAUAUUGGAGCAAAUAGUGGAGGAAGAAGAUAUAAAUUUUGAAAUACCAACAAAUGAAAAUUAUUAUGAUUAUGGAAGUGGAAGUUGUUUUGAUAAUAAUGAUGAUAAUGACGAUGGUUAUAUAAGUAGUGGUAUUAAUACAACUCCAGAUGAUCUAAAUAAAUCGUUUAAUUUUGAUUUUGGAUCAUUUGAUAAUGGAAUUCCCAAUUAUAAUAAUAAUAAUGAUAAUGGUGGUGACAAUGAAAAUAAUAUUAAUAGUGAUAUUGAUUCUAAUAAAAUAAAAACAACAACAUCUAUUAAUGACAAUCAUAAGGAAAAAUAUCAAAAAAAUAAUGAGAAUUAUAUUCACGAAAAUGAAGAUAACGGAGAUGACGUAAUUGUAUUAAUAUCACCUAUUAAAACUUAUAAAUAUGGUGAUAUGCUUAAUAAAUCACCUUCCAAAUUUAAAUCACCAUCUAAAUUAAGAUCACAUAAUACAACCAACACUUUUAAUAAUAGUAAUUUUAGUAAUAGUGAUAAUGAUAAUAAUAAUAAUAUUAGAAUUACAACACCAUUAAAAAAUCAAAACUUUAAUAAGUUUAAUGACAGUAUAAUAUUUUCUCCUUCAAUUUCAUCGCCCUCCCCUUCAAAACUCUCAAAUUAUCAUAAAUAUCUUAAUAAUAAUAAUAAUAAUAUUAAAAAUACACCAAUUUCUACAAGUAAAAAAAGAAAAUGUAAUUUUUCAUCACCUCUACUAUUUUCACCAUUUAAGUAUGGCGUCACAUCGCCAUUUUCUCCAAGUAAAAUGAAAUUAAAAUCACCAUUUAAAAAGAGAUUUAAAAAUGAUAAGUCGCCAUCAUCUUCGAUUUCAAAAAAUAAAAAUUCAAAAAGUAAUGAUAUAGUUAAUAAUGAUUUCGAAGACGAUGACGAAGUGGUUAAUAUACAAUCUGAAUCAGAAAUUAAUAAUAAUAAUAAUCAAUUUACAUCACACAAUGAUAAUUAUAAUUAUAGCUAUAAUUAUAAUAACAACAGCAAUAAUAUUAAUAAUAAUAAUAAUAAUGAUGAUGAUGACGAUUUUGAUCUUACAGAAACAGAAGAUGAAAAAGAUGAUUAUGAUAAAGAUGAUCGUACAUUUUCAAAUUUAUCUGUUAGACUAUCAUUCACUGAAGAAGAUCUUGCUGGUGUUAAUAUUGGUGAGUCCAUAAUAAAUAAUAGUAAACUACCAAAAGUAAUACCUUCUCAAAUACCACCACCAACCCAAUCAACUCAAUCAACAUCAACAUCAACAUCAACAUCAAAAUCAAAAUCAAAAUCAACAAUAAAAAUAAAAUUUAAAAAUAUAAAAUGUAUAAUUGAUAAUCGUGAAGUUAAAUCGGUGACAGAAAGAGAUUACAUUUGUAAUAAAUUGAAUGAACGGGGUAUAAAUGCACAAGUAAAGAAAUUAGAAUUGGGUGAUUUUGUAUGGGUAGCAAUUGAUGAACAUGAUAAUGAAUGGUUAUUAAAUUAUAUUAUAGAAAGAAAGAGAGUUGAUGAUUUAAGUAGUUCAAUUAUUGAUGGUCGUUAUAAAGAACAGAAAUUUAGGUUAUCAAAAUCUGGUUGUGAUAAUAUCAUUUAUUUAAUUGAAGGUAUAGUUUCAAAUACAAUCAAUAGCUCUUCACAAUCUCAAAAGAAAACAUGGGGAACUGUUAAUUUUAGUUUAUCACCUGAUGCAUUAGCAACUGCAUUGGUAACAACUUCAAUUUGUGAAGGUAUUAUAAUUAAAGAAACUAAAACAAUUGAUAAUACAAUUGAUUAUAUAGUUAAUAUAACUGAAUAUUUUAAAGAGAAAUUAUUAAAAAAUAAUAACAGUGGUGGUGGUGGUGGUGAUGAAAUUAUAAAAUUUUUAUUUGCUAAUAAGAAUACACAAUGUACAUUAGAAAAUUUUAAUCAAUUAAAUUCAAAAUCAAAAGGAUUAAAAUUGAUUGAAUUUUUUGCCACUCAAUUAAUUCAAAUCCCUGGUUGUUCAGCAGAGAAAGCUCAUUCAAUCACUCAAGUUUAUCCAACACCCAUGUCAUUGUACUUGGCUUUGAAAGCUAUUAAAGAUAAAGAAUCUGGAGAAUCUCAUUUUAAAGAUUUUACUUUUGGUAAAAAUAAAAGAAGAUUUGGUCAAGAUGUUAGUGAAGUUAUUUAUAAUCUUUAUACAAAUAAAAAAUAUUUAAAUUAA